AAAAGGCUCAUUGUAAGGGAAUAAAAACACAAUGCUUCAUUAUGUAAGGUCUUUAUACACCACUGAAAACAUAGUUAUGGAUCUUAUUUCCGUUCCUCAGAUCCUCAAAAAUAUUACACACUGAACCUUUAAAAAAAAAACUUUAAUUCACAAACCUGUUUCUGAUGCGCAGCAACAACCGUCGGUCCUUGUGGAAGAAGUUCCUCAUCAGCUUUUCUCUGUCGGUCUUACUGGGUCUGUCUUGGACUCUGGGGUACCUGGUGCUCGUCACUACAGGACACACCCACCUGGUCUUCAGCAUCGUCUUCUGCCUCUGUACAACAACACAGGGGUUUCAGAUCUUCAUCCUCUUCACGGCCAGAACACAGAGCUUCAGAGCCACCGUGUUGCGGUCUGUUCGGCACGUCUCGUAUGUCAACAAAAAGUACAGUCUGAAGAACUUAAAGAAGACGACCAGCUUUGAGUCGUUCAGAGACCUGAAAGAAAAGGACAGGUCCACCAUCAAAACCCUGUAGCAAGACAUUGCAAAACAGCUGCUUUGGUGCAAAUAUACUGCAUUUAUGUGAGGA